AUGUCUCUGCCCGCUGUCUCCCGGCUCUUCAGACACGCUCUGAGGGCACAGGUGGUGCCCAGCGCCCGGGUGUCCGCGAAGCCCGCGGAGCACAACAUAUCUGCAGGGGAGCAGGCCUUUGCACUCACCUGCAUGUUUGUGGCGAUCCUUGGCCCAAGUGGAUGGAUCCUGGCUCAUCUGGAGGACUACAAAAAGAAGGAGUAG